UUGUAUCGAUUUACACCAACGGCUGACAGUUCAACGACAUCGCGUCCACUGAUUGGCCAGUAAAUCCGGUAGAUCUUCACUAAGUUUGGUUCAAAGCCAAAAGCUACCAUUUACCGAUGCAUUAUAUUUUCUGCUUGUGCUCUUAGAAGUUUUAAGUGUUGUUGAGUCCGUAUUUUCACUCAUGUGGGGGAUUGUUGGAAUUUUAAGUUAAAAUUAUUACUUGAGUGAAAAUUAGUUUUCAAGAUUUAAACUCCAAGAGAUGUGUUUGGGUUAAGCCUUUUCACCAUAAGACACCUAGUCAUGAAUAGGUGUUAUGGAGAGUCGCCAUUGGCCAUGGAGAGUCACCUAUUGGUGAAAAGACACCUUGUAGAGUCACCAUUGGCUCUAUAUAAACCCAUCUCUUAGUUUUGUUUUGUAUGAGUUUUUAAAAGUUUUUGAGAAGAAGAAAAACAAGUUUCCAAGUCAUGAGUCAGAGUCAUUUAAGAGCAUAGUAAUUGUCAACAUUCGCUGGCCUAAAAGUAUUAUAGUGCUGCUUACUAUAAGGCGUGAUCGUUGUAUCUUGGAAGACGACAUCCGUAAAACCGUGAGCACCGUAUGCGGGAAUGAAUUGUCUUUAAGGAAAGAGGAUUACCUCGCCUCGAUCAACCAAUUCGAUAAAUAUUUCUAACUCUUUCUUGUUAGUAUUUUGUUUGUCGCAUGAACAAGAUUUCCGAGAAACCGAAAUCGCAUAUUAUUUCCAACAGCAAAUGGGUAUUAGUAGCACGACUACGAAAGUAUGAACUUCCCUAGAGUCAUUAGACAGAAUUUGUUGUGGGAGAUUACGUAAUUGUUUUCUCUACUAGCUACAAAUGAGACUGAUUUUCUGUUGUUUUUCUUUUCUUUUUCGACUGAGUGAUGCAUAUCAAGCAACUGGGUGCUACAAUCUUUUGUGCUCGAGAUUUGUACAAACAAACAGUAAGAUAGCAAUUGGAGCUGCAAUAUCUCCGGUUUCAUCAUUCGCAUGCAACCAAUAUGACAUAACUGUUCUCAUAUGGAAGGAUCCCAAGUUAGGAAACUGGUGGUUAGGGAUAGGGGAAAACACAUUAGUCGGUUAUUGUCCAGCAGAGUUGUUUACGCACUUGGCUGAUCACGCAACAAUGAUAGAAUGGGGUGGUGAAAUGGUGAAUACACGUUGGAAUGGCGAGCAUACGAAAACCCAGAUGGGAUCAGGUCAUUUCGCAGAAUCCGGAUUCGGCCAGUCCGGCUAUUUCCGAAAUCUACAGGUUGUUGAUUCAGAUAAUAGCUUAAGUACAGCUGAAAAUAUCUUAACACUUGCUGAGAAUACUAAUUGUUACAGCAUCAAAAGUUCUUAUAGUAGUGAAUGGGGAAUACAUUUUUACUUUGGUGGACCAGGAAAGAAUCCCCAGUGCCAAUAACAUUAUCAAAUUCUGUUUUAGAAUCAAGUGUAUUAUUCUCCU